GAUUGGAAAAAACAGUUCCAGAGGCACUCAACUCUGUAUCAUUAGAACAAAUACGCAAAUAUGCAAGGUAUUCUUGGAGAUUUAUUGACGCCUACUGUAAAGGAUUGACUAGUUCCCGUGCCUUAUAUGCUGUAAAGAAAUAUAAAUCUCAUAGGUGCAUUCUUGAAAAUGUUGCAAUGGAAGAAUAG